AUGCCCUCCGUGAUCCUCCAGAACCCCGUCCACGUCUUGGACGACACCCUCCCCAAUGACAUAACCCUUCCGGCCUUCAUGGUCUCCAAGACCAGAGGCUUCCUCCCCCGCAUGGACCCCAUCACCCACCUACCCCCGAGUUCGCCGAGCGCCGGCUUCAAGCCCUGGAUGGAAUACGCCGGCUCCUACGCCCUCUUCAACUACCGCCUCGAAGACCCCAUGGCCGGCCUCGAGUACUCCAACCUCCGCCUCAUCCGCGCCUUCGAGCACGGCCUAGAUCCCACCUCCUCCGAGGCCGGCUUCGUCCUUGUGCACGUCGACAUGGUCAAGAACUCGGCCCUCCCCGCCGCCGCCACCCAGCGCCGCGACUUCAACGCCGGGCUCCGCACCGUCCUCGACACCAUGCGCAAGGUCAACCGCACCAUGGAGACCAUGUGGGCCAAGUCCAAGCCCACCUCCUACACCAGCUUCCGGACCUUCAUCUUCGGCAUCACCUCGCAGGAAUACCGUCCCAGCAACCACCGCGCCUUCUUGCAGUCCGUCAAGGAGCGCGCCCUCGAGGUCGGCACCAAGACGUUUGCCCUCGCUGUCGACCAGAACGAUCCGGACCAGGAGAUCCUAGAGUCCCGCGCGCUGUGGCUCAAGGUCCUCAACGAGGUCAGGGACUUUAGGUGGAGGCACUGGUGCUUUGCCCGCGAGUACAUCCUCAAGCGCACGGCGCACCCCACGGCCACGGGAGGCAGCCCCAUCGUCACCUGGCUGCCAAAUCAGCUUGAGGCCGUGCUCGAUGAGAUGAUGGCCAUCUACGAAGAAGUUGGCGGCAAGGACAACCUUGACGAGGAAUCACGCGACAUCAUGGAUUUGGCCGGCCGCCAGCAAGAGACAUUGCGAAAGGAAGUAAACAAGUACUGCUCGGAACGGGGCGUGUCAAGGUCAUAG